AAACUUCUCCAUUUUAAACAUAUCGUUGUCGUGUAAACGUACCCUAAAAUGCAUGCUUGAGAUGUUUUUGUUACGGAACACAGACUGGAGAGACUGGUAAGUUUCAAAUAAUUCAAACUCUUGAUUAACACAAGGAAACAAUGGAGCAAUAUGGCAGGCAGCUGAGUGAAAGUGAAGAUGGUGAAAGGAGGAAUGGUGAGUAGCCACACACACACACACACACAAACACACACACACUUUGAACAGUCACUGAAGGAGUACUGUUUAACUUCCCUUUUUCUCUUGUAGAAAGACCACACAGAGAUUGGAGGUUGACGAGGGACUGGAGUCUAGGAACUGGAAUAAGGAAAAGAGAGCAAGAAGGUAAGUAUGAUUCAUAUAAGGGAUAGUCCAGAAGAAUUCAGUCUGAGCCAUUAUCGAGACUAGACAGUGUGUGAGUGUGUGUGUGUGUGUGUGUGUGUGUGUGUGGCAAGUCCUUUUAUAUGGUGCUGAGGUGAUGGGUGACCGCUGGUGGUGAUCAGUAAUUAGAUGGUGAUCGUGGGUCAGAGAUGAUGGCUGCAUCCGAAAACCUAGGUAGCUGACUUGUUGUCUCACUGCCUUAUCAGGCAAUGACUUGUAAGGCAGUGUUUGUGCAUGAAGGCACCUCACGAAACUGAUUUCGGACAGACUUCUGAGGCAGCGUAACAGUUUAAUGAUCUACAGCAAAAUAGCGUGAGCUUUGGUGAGAACUGAACAAAUAUUUAAUUACUACAGCAACUGCAAUUUCUCACUAGAAAUGUCAUCAAAAGUGGAAAAUGUUGGUCAAAAAUUUACAUUUACAUACAAACUGACCAGCAAACUCAACUUUCGGACGCCAUCUUUAAUUUUCCAGCUCAACAGUCACAGAAUGGACGCACAGGAUUGUGGGAUAUCAAAGGCAGUGAAGGAUACAUCUGUCACAAUCACCAGUGAGAGCGCCCGUCAUUGCUAUCAGAGGGCACUCCAACCUGGACUACUAUUAUUUUCAAAGACUCCAUUACCCAUAACACACUGCCUGGUCUAUCUGCCAUGAUUGUUCACAGCUGUUUCUCAUUAUUCUCAUUAGCCCAAUUCCGCGGGAAAACCGCGGACUUUGCAACACUGCCUACUCCAAAAGUCAGUUGAAAAUAUGUCACAGUUAUUAACAUCGUACAUCUAGCGAUUUUAUUAAUUUAUUUUUAUUUGAUGUGCAUUUAAACGCUAUUACACUGACAUUAAAUUACAAAUAAAGUAAUUAAAUUAAUAAAUAAUAGAUUAAAAUAAGGUGACCAGAUUUCUGAAAUGGAAACCGGGGACAUUUCCUAUUUGAGUGGUCAAAAUAUUACCAAAAUCUCAUUUGUUAUUAUCUAUUUAUUAAAAAAUGGGGACAAGCAGUUCAAAACAAUAUGCCUAUUAUAACAGAAAUAUGACUUCACAAAAGCACGUUACAUUACAAAAAUGAAACAACAUAAAUAUAAGAAGAUAAGAUAAAUAAAACGUCAUUUAGGCUAACAUUUUUUUUUUUUUUAACAUUCAUUAUUGAAUUUAAUAUUUUUGUUUUCACAAGCUGUUUUUACUGCAUUUUAGACUCAUUUUAAGCACAAAGUAAGUUGCACUUGCACGUGUAUUAUUAUUUUUUUUAUUAUUAUUUAUUCAUAUCUGAGUGUACCUUCACCACGUGAUAUGUGUGCGGAAAUUGCUGCGUUGUGACAGCGGAACUUUUUUGGACGUUUAAAAUUAUGCAAAACAAUCUCGCGCCCUGUUAUAAAACAUACACACAGUAUUACUUCAAUUUGAAAGUAAUAGUUAGUGUGUUACUAUUUUGAAACCGAUAACAAAGUUUAUUUUGAUAUUUGACGAUAUAAUGAUAUAAUGGCGCUCUGCUCUGGUCCAGAUUACGUUCUUCAUGAAGUAGCGGCGCGCGCGCGACCAAGUGUAGCUGCACAACCCCCUCUGUUGGUGAACAUAAUCACUACACAAUUGCUCCGAUAACUGACAGGUAAGCUGGUCGGAUAUUUUUGCAAUGUAUUUGCGGGUUGUUUUGUUUUGAACGAGCUGUAAAACGGGGAUAUUUCCGGGGACAGCUCCAGUCGGGAACAGAACACCAAAAACCGGAAAACGGGGACGUCUGGUCACCCUAGAUUAAAAUACACAUCUGUGAGGGUGUUUCCAUGCUGGGGAUCAAGUGCCAUGCUCACUCUGUAUUUUUUGGGAAGAUCAUAUAUGAACAAAAGUGGUCAAUGUGAAAAAUGUGGGGAAAUUAAUGUUUUUUUUUUUUCUGUAAGUGUUUAAAAUUCUUCUAACAUUUAAUGGAACGUAGUUUUGAUCGAAAGGCUUUUUUCCGACUGUAAGAUUGGAAAUGUAUUUUCUUGUGCCCUGAAAUAUAUUUUUAAAUGUAUUUUCUUGCCCCUGAAAUACAUUUUUAAAUAUAUUUUAAGUAUAUGAAGGUUGAAACAAAAUAUAUUUUCAGAUUCAAAAAUACAUUUAAUCGAACUUCACUGUUUACCACAUAUUAACAUUACAUUUCAAAUAUAUUUUGGCCAGAUAAAUAAUAUUUUUUUUUUUCGUCUGUUUGCUGUCGUGCAGAAACAUUGUAUCUCUGAAUUUUGUAAUUUCUUAUUUAUUUUUCUUUUCAAAAAUCUUAGUGGUCAUCCUUUACGUCUCUCUGUGGGUUUUGAAAUAUUUAUUUAACCAGUGAAAUUUUUUAAAAAAGAGCUUGUGACUAAACCUCGUAACUGCAUUGGCUCUUCAAACUGUCAGUCAAACCUCACAACUCCACACGCCUCUAUCGUAAAAUAAGUGCUACACGCCGUUUGAAGAGAGAUCUCUGCUUGUUUACAAUAUUAGGGUAAGUAAACAACUGUUUGUUUGAAUAAGUACAGCGCUUUCUUUAUUCAAGAAACACUACAUGUAAAAACUCAUGUUGUAUGUGUUUGAGGAGCAGAGAAGAGUGUGUUGCAUUUGUCACCGAGUCAUAGCCAGUCUUAAAUUGUCUCUGUGUUGCGCUCAUUAAUUAAAAAUGCUUAGUCACUCUUUGUAUUUGUAUUGCAUGUUCAAUUUUAAUCUAACGAAACAGCGUAGGUCUCCAUGUUCCACCGUGACGUCACUGUGAUCGCCGCAUUCCUCGGAACGUUCGAUGAGUAUAAGCUUGAGUGCAGAGGAAAUAUUCCUUUUGUAGCGAGUCGGCGAGUAUUUGUGAGUAUGCUCUUUACACAGGGAUUGGGGAUCUGAAUUUUAAUCUUUUUAAUGCUGAAACAGUGGAAUGUUAUUUCUAUUUACUGUACAUUUAGAUAAAUAAACAGGCAUGCAGUGGUGGUUUGUGUGGAAAUAGGAGGCUGAUAUCUAAAUCAAUAAUGAUCAAAAGAAAAAUUGAUAACUUGAUCAUUUGUUUCAUUGACCAACCGAUUGCAGAUCUGAUGACACACUGAUAGUGAAAGCUGACUGACCUUAAGCUGAUUUGUGUAGUUUCUAUUUGGGCGUAAUAGAACAAUUUUAUAAACUUUUGCUCUCAGCCUCCCUUCACUUUUCUGAUGGACCACCACUGGGCAUACACUGUAGGCCUGUACUUUUUUUACAUGGGUAUACUUUGUUUUCCACGUUCUGCUCAUUCUCAAUCUCAUGCGUAGUCAUGUCCGAAUGACUAUUAAUGGAUGAAUGAGUUUGACAUAUGCACUAUAAUUGCUUAUUUAUACUCUACCAGAUGUCAAAGGGCAGCACUGAAUCGUGUCAAUAUUCUUGUGUCUUAACAUUCACCUAGCGUAUGCGCAGUUGUACACACACCGUCAGUGCAAACACCUUCUGAUGAUGAAAACUGCAGAACGCAGAUGACAUAAGUAUACUUUGGGCUUAAAACAAGCUUUCAGGUUCUUAUACUGUAUGUUUAGUCAUCUUAUUUCUUCCCUUUCUCUUUCUUUCAUAGUUUCACAGUUACAGAUUGCAUAUAGUCAUUUCUAGAUCACCUUUCACCAUCACAUCAAACAUCUAUUGGAGUAUGUCAACCAUGCCCAGUAUUUGUUCUGAUGAGCUCACCACGGCCCUUGCUGCGGGGAAGUGGUGGGCAAUGGUGGAAGUUUCAUCCCCUAUAUCUGAGGAGCCCGAGUAUGGGGGCCACAUCUCUGGCCAGUGGGGGGAUUUAGUGGAGGCACAAGAAACUUCAUGCCCCACAUCCCUGGUCUUCAGUGAUGCAUCUGAGAAGGCCCAGAGAAGGUCCCAGCACUCAGGCUUCUCAGAUGCAUCACGGAAGACCACAAAGCAGUCAAGGCAGAAGAUUGCUCAGGGAGGACCUGUCCCUGCCAGGUCCAAACAGGGAGCACCUGUGCCCGCCAAUUCUGAGAAAGGGGACCUCUCUUCAUCCCUGCUCUUCAGUGACGCAUCCGAGCAGGCCCCAAACUCAAGCUUCUCAGAUGCAACGCUGAAGAACAUGGAGCAGCGGAGAAAGAAAAAGCCACAGGUAGCACCUGUGCCUGAUGGGUCCCCACAUGGGACACCUGUGGCUGCUCCAAAGGACAAUGUAGGUCUGUGUCAGGCACCUCCACAAAAACUAUGUGUGGAAAUUGACAACCUUACUGAAAAGAUGCAGCAGCUGACUCUUAAUCUGGAGAGCCACAACCAUCAAGCUCCCCAGACGAAGCCGAGAAUUCGGAGCAGCCUUCGGCGUGGGUCCCAGCUGAGCCGGAAAAGAGCAUCGGACAAUGCAGGUGUGGAUCCAAAAGGUGUGCCGGUGCAUUCGGGGACCCCACAGGGAGCACCCGUGCCUGAUGGGUCCCCACAUGGGACACCUGUGGCUGCUCCAAAGGACAAUGUAGGUCUGUGUCAGGCACCUCCACAAAAACUUUGUGUGGAAACUGACAACCUAAAUGAAAAGACGCAGCAGCUGAAUUUUAAUCUGGAGAGCCACAACCAUCAAGCUCCUCAGACGAAACCGAGAAUUCGGAGUAGCCUUCGGCGCGGGUCCCAGCUGAGCCGGAAAAGAGCAUCGGACAAUGCAGGUGUGGACCCGAAAGGUGUGCCGGUGCAUUCAGAGACCCCACAGGGAGCACCCAUGCCCACAAGUUAUCCGCAACAGGGAACAAAACACGAGAUUGCUUUGCAUCUGUGCUACCCACUGUUGCUGCAAAAGCCCCAAGCCUCUUGUCUUUUAGCACAGAGAACUCAGACCAGGUCCCACCUGAACCGGAAAAGAGCAUUGGACAAUGCAGGUGUGGACCAGUCACCCCCACAAAAAAAGCAGCGCAUGGCAAUCGAAGUCAAGGUCCAGCAGUCAAAGCAAGGCAGCUUAGAGCAAAUGGACCUUUUAUGUAGCAUGUUCAAAAAGUUAUGUGUUUAA